GCUCGGUGAGCGUUCUCAGACCGAAACUUUGUUGUUAUAGGUGCUUAUCACCGAAGUCGCACGUACGCACUGCCCGACGGCGUUUGUGCGUGCGGUUUACCCUCCUAACAAUUUUAUUAGUCUUCUCAAAACUUAAAACGCUAAACAGUCGAUAAUCUCUUUUCUGUGCAGUAAGCAGUUGCACUGUUGCAGCACUACAGUACAAUUGAAGUGUGUGCUUCCCAAAAUCUUGUUUUCUGUUAAUUUGUAACGUGCGCGCUGAAGGUCAACUUUCCGAACGUUCUCUGCUUAAAAAUGGCCAAAACAUUAUCUUGUAAAAUUGGUCCAUCUGUUUUGAAUGCUGAUUUAUCGCAGUUGUAUAAUGAAUCUCAAAAGUUAAUAGAUAGUGGAGCAGAUUAUUUACACUUGGAUGUUAUGGAUGGAACUUUUGUUCCUAAUCUAACUUUUGGACAUCCAGUUGUGAAAUGUCUAAGGACUAAGUUACCCAACGCUGUGUUUGAAACACACAUGAUGGUUCAAAAUCCACUUCAAUGGAUUUCUGCUAUGGCUGAUGCUAACGUAGAUCAAUACACAUUUCACAUUGAGCCAUGUGAUGAUGUUCCUUUGGUAUGCCGUAAAAUCAAAGAAGCUGGCAUGAAAGUAGGCUUAGCAAUAAAACCUGGCACUCCGGUUACAUGUGUUGAAGAAUAUAUAGAUAUGGCUGAUAUGAUUUUAGUGAUGACGGUUGAACCUGGAUUUGGGGGUCAGAAAUUUAUGACAGACAUGAUGCCAAAAAUAGAAAUAUUGAGAGAAAAAUAUCCCACAAUGGACAUUGAAGUUGAUGGAGGUAUUGGUCCAAAUAACAUUGAUGUUUGCGCUAAGGCAGGAGCGAAUAUGAUUGUGUCAGGAACCGCAGUGAUUCAAGCUAAAAAUCCACCUCAAGUUAUUCAACUCCUUAAAGAUUCUGUUAAUAAACAUUUAAAUAUAAAAUCAAAUUGAUAAUUUUAUUUUUGAAUGAAGUUAAUUUUAUUAAUAUUUAACAUAUUUAUGAAGAUCAUGUAUAGAUGAAUUCCCCAAAAUUUAGAAUCCAAUUAAAAUUAAUAUUAACAUUAGAACAGUUCAGACAAAAUUAGGUUUUGUAUUCAUAUGAUAAAUUAAAUUUUCCAAGAAGGCAUUUGAAUUUAAAUAAAUAAUAUAUUUAUUAUUUAUUAUUUUAUUCAAAAUGUAAAUUACUAUAUUUAAUCUAAUAAGAAUGAAGUUCAAAAAAAAUAAAUUGACCCAACAAUCCCUAAUUGAAAAUACCAUUAAAUGGUAUAACAUUGAUUGUAAUUUUUUUAAUAUUAUUUUAUGUUGAUUGAUUGUAUUGCCUUGAUAAAUCUAUAUAUAAAAAAUCAAUAAUUUUUGUAGUUUUAUAUAUGAAAUUUAGUAUACUCAUAAUAAAUGUUAGUUUAUACAUUA